AUGUCCCGAGAAACACCUACAGUAUUCCCCAAGUGGACACCAGGAACCCUCGAUAUCCACCACAUCGACACCGGGUGCGGCAAUGCCACCCUGAUUGUCGGACCAGACGGGACAGCCAUUGUCAUUGACUGUGGGACCUCCAAGGAUAUUCCCCUGGGACAAGACGGCUCGCGCCGCCCCGGCGAGCUGGUGGCCCGCUAUGCUCUUCGCAACAGCCCCAGCACGACGCUGGACUAUCUCAUCGCCACCCACGUCCAUCCGGACCACGUCGGCGAUGUCCAUUCCGACAAGACCGCCAUGGGCAGCGGCUUCCAGCUGACGGGCCUCAGCGACGUCGACCACCUCAUGCCGGCGACGCUCGUCAUCGACCGCGCCUAUCCCGACUACGGCUUGCGGCCACCGCUGCGAGCCCCCUUCGCCGACAACUAUCUGGCCUGGCUCGAUGCCAGGCGGCGACAAGGCCGUCAAAUCGCCCGCAUCGCCGUCGGUUCAACCAGCCAAGUAAAACUACGCUCCCCUCAAGACUACCCGACAUUCUCCAUCCGGACGCUCGCCGCCAACGGCUCCGUGUGGACCGGCACCGGGCACGAGAGCCGCUCGCUCUUCCCGGACCUCAGCGCCUUACCCCCCGAGGCACUCCCGGACGAGAACAAGUGCUCCAUGGCAUUUCUCGUGUCGUACGGCCUCUUCUGCUACUACACCGGCGGCGACCUCACCUGCGACACGUACGACGGCCGCUAUCCCUGGAUGGACGUCGAAACGCCCGUGGCCGAGGCCGCAGGCAAAGUCGACGUGGCCGUUGCCAACCACCACGGCUACUUUGAUGCCUGCGGACCGGACUUUGUUGGCCUGCUCGACGCCGCGACGUACAUCAUUCCGGCCUGGCACGUCACGCAUCCGGGAAUGGCCCAGCUGCAGCGCAUGCUUGGGGCGUGGCCGGGCGUGAAGCGCCGCAACGUCUUUGCUACUAGAAUGUUGCCGGAGAAUGGCCUUGUCAACAGUCGUUUCACUUCUGAGAUGCGCAGUCGGCAGGGCCAUGUGGUGGUUCGCGUAGAGCCGGGCGGGGGUAGUUAUAGAAUCUUUGUGCUUGACAGUAGUAGCGAACUGGACUAUGUGACUGCUGAAUUUGGUCCUUAUAUGUGUAGCUGAGGUAUUGCACCUUUACUUUUAAACCCUCGUUUACUACAUGUAUAUUUACAGUAAAGAAUGAUAGAACGCAGUGUCAUCUUGACAUGAUGCUCCAGCGCCUAGAAAUUCACAUCGCGGCCUUCCCCAGACUUGAGCACCGUAUCCCGGAACAGGCACUAUUUCAAGGGCUCCAAGGAGAUUGUGCCCGGUUUCCAGUCAGCAGCACUCCGCCGUCUUUAGUAACCAAGAUGGGAUCCUCCAGUCUUACACCAAAGCCCGUCUUCUUUCCGAGUAGGGCCGCCUCUUCAGUAGUGACAUAAAUACCC